AUGGAUUAUCAAUAUCAACCACUCAACAAGUUUGAGAAAGUGAUUCGAGUUCUCUUUCGAUGCCACGGCCAUUCAAUCUCCCGAAAAGAGCCGCUACAGUGUAAGGUGAAGCAUUUCAGCCUUCUUGACACUCCACCACCUCGUUACGCGGCGAUAUCGUACUCCUGGGGCUCUUCAAAAUCUGUCGAAAGGAUACUACUCGAUGGCCGUUCAAUUGAAAUAUCAGCAAGUGCGGCAGGCGUGCUCCGCUUUGCGUUCAACGCGGAGGAUGAAUCUAUGCCAGUCUGGGUCGACGCUGUCUGCAUCAAUCAGUUUGACAAAGAAGAGGUCGGACACCAAGUCGGGAUGAUGCGAGAUGUCUACACCAAAGCCGAUCACGUCCUUGUCUGGCUCGGCGAAAGCGAUGGAGAGACCGAAGCAGCCUUACAGUCUAUCAAUGACAUAGUCACGCAGUGUCGACAGAGCACAAAAGACCUUCGAACUCUGGACGAAACGCUUUGGGGUGGCGUGGGGGCCGCACGAUGGUAUCUGUACUCGGACGAAGCACUGCCAGACUCCUGCAACUGGUCCGCACUGCGCGCUUUCUUUGCGGCACAUUGGUUCACACGUCUCUGGCCUGUCCAAGAGGUCUGCCUGGCCAAAGUGGCAAAGUGCUUCCGAGGAAAACACAGCAUUCAGUGGAACGAUAUCGCCUUGGCCGCUCGAUGGCUGUAUCACCGCAAGUACUGGAAGGCAGUGGGUUCCAGGCUCCGCGGUAUCGACUGCGCCGCUGAGGUAUUCGACAACAUGCGAGGCGUAAACGGACUAUACGAGCUCUUGCAGAUUUGCAUGUACUUCGAUGCAACAGAUCCGCGGGACAAAGUAUACGGCCUUCUUGGAAUGAUUCCACCAACAAGCGCACAGGGUCAGAAGAUCUUACUCGAACCAGAUUACAAAGAUGCAUCUCUGAAAGAUGUUUACGCAGCGGCUGCCAGGUGCGCUAUCUCUGAGGGAAGUCUCACUGUGCUCAAACGAGCAACCUGGAUGCGUCCGCCGUUGUCUUGGAAGCCUUACAACAACCUCGAGAUUGGGGACUUUCCUUCGUGGGUGCCAAGGCUGGACUGGGCCUGGGACCCCAGUCAGGGCUCAUCUUCUUCAAUCAAUGCUUUCACAGGCGUCAGUAACGGUACAAGGCCUCUGGUGGCUGAAGAGAUCGGCAGACCCGACAUACUACGUAUACGAGGUCUUCCUGCCCAAGCAGUAGAUAUCGUCUGCGGAUCCCUUACGUUCGAUAUCCUUCAGAUCCGUGGAGAGCUUGCAAAGGCGAUAAAAAAUGCUUGGGGUGUCAUCAGGCGCCACACGGGCGGCCGAACCACAAGUGAGCUGCUUAUGGUCUUUGCCGCUACAAUCUGCGCCGGUCAGGAUGCGAAUCAGGGCCGCAUUGACCACGACCAAGCGUUCAAGGCAGCGUUUGCUCGGUUUAUGUUGGACCAUGCCGGAAUACACAAAGCGGAUGAUCCUGUUCUUGCCGAAUGCAUUCUCGAGAGUCAAGAUGCCACCUCGGAUGAGUUCACUGAUGCAGCCUUUGAAAACUCGAUGAACCGAUGCAUCUUUCUCAGCAAUGAAGGACGGCUUGGACUUGGACCAUUGGAAUCUCAGCCCGGGGACCUUAUUUCCGUUCUGUUUGGAAGUGAUGUUCCAAUGAUCCUCAGAAAACACGGUCCCUAUUGGAGGUGUAUUGGGGAUGCCUACGUGGAAGGCCUAAUGGACGUAAGUCUGCCCGACUCUAGUUGGAAGAAGUAG